AUGAUGAUGAAUGCACCGAUUAUUUUCCUCAAAGAGGGGACAGAAGCGAAAUACGGAAAACAACAGAUUUUGAGUAAUAUCGGCGCGUGUGGUGUGGUCGCUGACAGUGUUCGUACAACGCUUGGCCCUCGGGGCAUGGACAAACUUAUCGUUGAUACCAAAGGCAAAACAACAAUUUCAAACGAUGGUGCAACAAUAUUGAAACUUCUUGAUGUGGUGUUCCCAGCUGCUCAAGUUAUGGUUGACAUCGCGAAGAGUCAAGAUGCUGAAGUUGGCGAUGGCACCACAACAGUGGUGAUAUUGGCGGCGGAAUUGUUGAAACGUUCGAAGGAAUUCAUUGAGGAUGGUGUCAGUCCUCAACUGAUCAUAAGAGCUUAUUCGAAGGCAUGUGAAGAGGCUCUCAGAUACUUGGAUGAGUUAUCGAUAAAGGUGAAUGCGGGUGGCGAUACGAGGGAUAUGUUGAUCCGUUGUGCCACAACGACACUCAGCAGUAAAUUGGUGAGUCAUGAACGUGAUUUCUUCGCCGAAAUGGUUGUCGAAGCGGUUAGCCAUUUGGAUGAGUGUCUUCCAAUUGAUAUGAUUGGUAUCAAGAAAGUCAGUGGCGGUUCACUUUUGGUGAGUUCUUUCAUAAACUUGUUCGAAAUUCGUAUUUGUAGUUCUGUUUGGCAGAAUCUUCAAAACGAUCAGCAGUUACAAUAA